AUGGGUCUGAGCAAGGAGACACGCAUCAUCACCCUCUUGGUGAUCGAUGUUGUCUUCUUCUUUAUCGAAAUUAUCACUGGGUAUGCUGUCGGAUCACUCGCUCUGGUCGCAGACUCGUUCCACAUGCUCAACGAUGUCAUGUCGCUCAUCGUCGCGCUCUGGGCCGUCAAGCUCUCGACUAAAUCUUCGGACCAUCGCUUCAGUUACGGCUGGCAGCGUGCCGAGAUCCUGGGUGCACUCGUCAAUGGUGUCUUCCUCUUGGCACUCUGCUUCAGCAUCUUCAUGGAAGCUAUCGAGCGCUUUAUCAAUGUGACCGAAGUGUCGAACCCUAAACUCGUCGUCAUCGUUGGUUGCUUGGGUCUCGCCAGCAACCUUGUGGGUCUGCUCCUCUUCCACGACCACGGUCACGCUCAUGGCGGUGGUCAAGGCCACUCGCACGGCCACGCUAGCCACAGCCACGGUCCCCACGACCACAGCCAUAGCCAUGCUGUCACGGAUGCUUCCGCCCACGGCGACGCUCAGCAGGACGUUUCUUCCGCCGAUGACGCUGCUGCCGCCGAUGACAACGCCAAGCGUGGCCGUAGCCGCCAGGACAGCGUCGGAUCCAUCCUUGGCCACCCAGCGCAGACUCGCGCCUUUGUCGUCCAGACCGCCCACGACCUUGGCUACGAUGGCUCGAGGCACCAGCCCUCCAACUCCAUCACCUCGCUCAAGUCCAACACUGAACGCUCCCGUCUGCUCACCAACGGUUCCAACGACUACGGUGCCACGGAUGCCCACACCGAUCUGGAGGCUGGCAGCAGCUCGCCUGCUGCGCGUAAGAAUGGCCACGCCGACCACGAUUCGCACGCCGGCCACGACCACGCCAACGGCGGCGACGAUGCUCACGAUGCGCCUGGUCACGGCCAUGCGCACGGCGGAGGCCACGCCCACAGCCACGGCAGCAUGAACAUGCAGGGUGUCUUCCUUCAUGUGCUCGGUGACGCGCUCGGCAACGUCGGUGUCAUCGCCGCCGGCCUCUUCAUCAUGUACUCGGACGCCUGGUGGCGCUUCUACUCGGAUCCAGCCAUCUCGUUCCUGAUCACCAUCAUCAUCUUCCAGUCGGCGCUCCCGCUCUGCAAGUCGGCCUCGUACAUCUUGCUGCAAGGCGUCCCCGCAUCCGUUUCGCUUGAAGCGGUGCGCAACUCGAUCAUGAGCGUCGACGGCGUGCUCAACCUGCACGAGCUGCACGUGUGGCAACUUUCCGAGAGCAAGAUCGUUGCCUCGGUCCACGUAUUGGUCGACUGCUCGUCUGGUCAGACGGAGAAGUACAUGACGAUUGCCGCCAAGAUCCGAAACAACCUGCACAGUUGGGGGAUCCACUCGAGCACGAUUCAGCCUGAGUUUGUGCCCGGUGGGCUUAGGGAGGCCGCGAUCCUGAGCGGUGUCCAGGUGGCCGAGAGCGAUGAAGAUGGAAGGCUGAGGACGGUCGAGGGCAGGUUGGUCGAGAGGGAGGUGCAAAAGGUCGAUACCGCCUGCUUGAUCGCUUGUGGAAACGAUAACGAUUGUCAGACCGAGAGCUGCUGUCCGCCGAGCAACGGCGCGAGUAAGCCCGCCUCGGGCACUGCCACCCCUGGCGAGCACUGA